AUGUUGCAACCACGGCUCCGGCCUCUGUUCGCCGGGACCGUUUCGCUCUGUCAGAGUGUCCCUCGCCUCGGCAUUACAAGAAGCUAUGCGACCACGCAGGUGCAAAGCAAUAGCAAUGCUAAAGACCCGUCCGCUGACGACACCCCCAUCUUCGGCGCGCCGUCGACCGAGAUCGAGCAGGUCAUGAUGCGGACCUACAAACCACGGACGCCCGGCACACGGCAUCUCAAACGGCCCAUCAACGACCACUUGUGGAAGGGUAGGCCGUAUCUGCCGCUGACCAUCCCCAAGAAGGGCCAGGGGAAAGGCGGCAGAAACAACAGCGGCCGCAUCACCGUCCGGCAUCGUGGUGGUGGCGCCAAGCGGAGGAUCCGUACCGUCGACUUCCACCGUUGGGCGCCCGGGCCGCACCUCGUCGAGCGCAUCGAGUACGACCCUGGCCGGAGCGCCCACAUCGCCCUGGUGACGGAGCAAGCAACGGGCAAGAAGAGCUACAUCUUGGCGCCCGAGGGUAUGCGGGCUGGGGACGUGGUGCAGAGCUACCGGUCCGGCAUCCCGCAGGAGCUGCUCGACAGCAUGGGUGGUGUCGUGGAUCCCGGCAUUCUGGCGGCACGGACGGCCUGGAGAGGCAACUGCCUGCCGAUGCACAUGAUUCCCGUCGGCACCGUCAUCUUCAACGUCGGGUCCCGGCCAGACGGCCCUGCCGUGUUCUGCCGCAGUGCGGGAACCUACGCAACCGUGGUGGCCAAGGAGGAAGAGACGCGCGAGGACGGUAUCAAGGUCAUGACGGGCAAAUUCGUCACUGUGCGGUUGCAAAGCGGUGAAAUCCGCAAGGUCAGCAAAGAUGCCUGUGCAACCAUUGGUGUCGCCAGCAAUAUCAUGCAUCAACACAGGCAGCUGGGCAAGGCCGGAAGAAGCCGGUGGCUGAACAUCCGGCCCACCGUGAGAGGUGUCGCCAUGAAUGCGAAUGACCAUCCCCACGGUGGUGGCCGUGGCAAAUCAAAGGGUAACCGGCAUCCCGUCAGCCCUUGGGGUCAGCCGGCGAAGGGUGGCUUCAAAACCCGCAAGAAGAGCAACGUCAACAAAUGGGUCGUCACCCCCCGUGUCCGGAACAUGGGCAAGCGGAGGUCCAAGAUCACCGCUUCCAAAGAAUGA